AUGGAGCCUGCCGGCGUAGCUAUUGGGGUGGUUGGCCUUGCUGGGCUGUUCAACACCUGCCUCGACGUUGUCGCAAGGGUCGAUGCCUACCGAGACUUUGGGUUCGAUUCACGCUCUCUUGCGGCACAAUUUGAGGCUGACAAGGUUCGCUUUGAACGAUGGGGUCGCGCAGUUGGCCUAGAGCAGGGGAAGCUGUCGACCAACUACCACCCGGGCUUAGCCGAGCAGUCCACGCGGUCGGAAGUCUGCCGGGGUUCGGAAAGCGGAGCCUCAGAGCAAAUGCCGGGAUCAGAUUCACAUAACGGGACCAGGCAUCCGGCAUUUUCAUCCACUUCGCCGGCGUCAACACGGCAGAAGCUUGCCUGGGCACUAAGGGGAAAGGCGAAACGGGUCGCCGAAGUGGAAAAGUUGGGCAUCUUGGUCCAAAAGCUCUAUGAGCAGGUCCCUAUCGGAGCAGACGAAGCGAAAAAGUUGCAUGGAUCCGAGGUCGCAAAUCUUGGUGAUAUCCAGGAUGCCCUGAAGAAGAUUGAAUAUGAUAUUGAAGCUCAGUCACGCCGAGAUCUGUAUGCCUGGAUCGGAGCCAACAUACCCAGCGAUAUGUACGAUGACCUGAAUUCAGCACGUGUACCUGGGACCUGCGAUUGGAUCCUGGAGCGGGAUGAAUUUCGUACUUGGCUUACUUCAAGCGAAAACCCGUCCGCAUUGUGGGUGAAUGCUGCAGCGGGGUUUGGCAAAACCUUCAUGUGUGCACGGGUGAUAGAGCACCUUUCGGAGACGAUGCAGCUGCCUGUGGCCUAUUUUUUCCUGUCCUCAAAGUAUUCUAGUCGGGAUGACCCUUAUCUAGCCAUACGGGCGUGGAUUACCCAGAUCAUGGAUCGCGACGAGGAUGCUUUCGAACUCGUACGGAUGAAGCAGCUGUCUUUGCACGAGAAAGUCGCAACGAGGGCGACCAUAAUCGCGAUUUUACAUGAGGUAGCAGAGGCUGCCUCUAACACAAUAUUCAUCCUAGAUGGCCUAGACGAGUGUACCUGGAUCGACCUCUACCAUCAAAAGCAUGACGCGGUCAAUACCUUUGUCCAGGUCAUCGCAACGGCAGUAGAGAAGUCCAGCAGCCGCUGGAUGCUUGUGAGCCGGAACAAUGAGUAUAUACGCAACAGCUUGUGUGAUUCUCUUGCCCAUGGUUUCUUUGAGAUUCGUAUGACGACUGAUGAUGUCCAUAAUGACAUCGUGUCCUACUCAAAGAGCGUUGUUAACCAGAAAUUGUCAAAUAAGUCUCAAAUCGUCAGAGAUACCAUUUCUCAACAGAUGGCUGAAAAAUGUGAUGGCCAAUUUCUGUGGGUGAGGUUACAGGCUGAUAAUCUGCGGAGGGCAUUCAAUCAGUUGCAGCUUCAAAGGGCUCUCAGCAAAACUCCAGCUGGGUUGGAACAACUUUACGAACGGGAAUGGGAAUCUAUUCGCACAAACCCAACCGUGGAUACAGAUCGAUCUCUUUUGCUGCUCAAAUGGGCGGCAUUCUCUAUCAGGCCCUUAUCUGUUAGUGAGAUAACUGUCGCAGUAUUGAUCGACAACGAAAUCGGCGUACCAGUUGAAGAGUUACCCGAUGAAGAUGACAGUUCCUAUGUCGCCAGUGACAUUAAGGAUCAUUGCGGCUCACUUAUCGAGAUAACCAACGAUGACAAGAACUCGGAUCAGAUGGACUCAAUGAUGGUCAAUAUCACUCAUUUCUCGGUGAAGGAGUUCCUUCUCACACAUGUUUUCAGUUCUGGCGGCUCUUUAGGGCUCAACAACGGUCUGAUGGUGUCACAUGAAGAGCAACAACAUGAUUUUCUUGCUCAAAAGUGUCUAUGUUACAUUUUUAAUAUUGAUAUAUGGGAGCAAAAUGCUCCGAAAAAAAGUGGGAUUAACCUUCACGCCUCACUUCUUACUUACGCCGCCGAUAACUCGGAUAUCGUGGACUUGGCCAACCAUUUUUUUCAGGAUGAAACUGGGGCCUUCGAUGCAUGGAAGCGAUGGACCAAUAGAGAAUGUGUUGGUCGUGGCAAUGAGCCGGAACUUAAUGAGAAUGACCAACAGAAUCGCCUCUCUUAUUCUAUGGGCCUACUCCUACACAAGACUACAGAGUAUCUUCUGUCAAAGGAUGGCUGUGAUGUCAACGGUAGGGGUCUCUUUGGAGAAACACCUUUGGUUAUUAGCUGCCGCGACAACCACCUUGAAAAUAAUGAGGAAGGCUGGACCGUGAUUCAUGAAGACGUAUAUAAGGAUCAAGUUGAAAUUGUCCGCAUGUUGUUCGAGAGGGAGCCGGAUUUGAUCAAUGUUACAACCAACGACGGCUGGUGCCCGAUCCAUAUAGCAGCAAUCAAUGGCCACCUGGAACUUGUUCGUUGGUUCUUGGAGAAACAGCCAAAAUUGAUUUCAGUUACAGAUCCUUAUGGUUGGUCGCCACUUCAUGUAGCCGCAGAAGCAGGCCACGCGGAUAUCGUCAGGUUGUUGCUUCAGAAUGGUUCAGAUGCUGCAAUUUCGGACAAUGGUGGAGACACUGCGCUCCACUGCGCUUUACGUAGUGGUGAUGUUCAAACAACAGAACUACUACUUCUUGAGGAGGGAGUGGAUGUUACUACACGGGCUGCUGACGGCUGCUCACCGCUACACUUAGUCUGCAACAGCGGCAAUCUCGAGCUGGCAGCACUUCUUCUUGAGCAAAAUGCCGUCGAUAAAAACGCUUACGACAUAAGGGGCUACACACCACUGGCUGAGGCAGUUCGUUGUGGUCAUGUUGAGAUAGUGAAAUUGCUUCUCUCAAACAAAGUCGGAGCAGUUGCACGCACAGAGGACCGGUUUGGAUUAAUUCCCCCCUUUUACGCUAUGCGUAAUAGCCAUACUGAGAUUUUAGAGAUUCUUCUACCUAGUACUGAACGCUGGGAAGAGUGGGAGGAUAGUCUGGGGCGAAGCUUGAUGUGGUGGGCACAGCGAAUCGGGUCCUCACACGUGGUCAGCUUGCUUGUGAAGCACGGUGCUAGCAAGAUAUCCUUAUUCAUCAGCAAUGACUCAAGGUAUCUCCCAAGUCAGCCACUGCUUUUUGACAAGAACUUGGCAUACUGUGACCACUGUAUUGGCCUUAUUUUGGACGAUUCAGAGGCUUACUGGUGCAACAAUUGUGCUAACAGGGGGAUUUGCACCGGCGUUUGUGUCUGCUUGGAAUGCUAUGAGGCAGGUCUUCGGUGUUUAGAUGACUCUCAUAUAUUAGUAUUCGGGGUAUUUCCAGAUUAA